CUCUCCCUCUCUCUCUCAGAACACCAGGACCCCCCUGAGAGACGCAGCCCUGCAGCCCUGCAGCCCUGCAGCCCUGCAGCGGUAACGCCGUACGCCGACGACAUGCUGCUCUCCGCCUGCUUCAUGGCGGCGCUGCUGCUGCUGCUGCCGGCUGAAACCCAGCCUCAGAGCGGAGACGGAGACGGAGACGGAGACACAGAUCCCAGAAUCCUUUGCAGCUCUGACAUCCUGAUAACAGAAAUCAGCCUGAGCUGUCGGCUGCUCGGAGCCGGGGACGACGAGGACGAGGACGAGGACGAGGACGAAGACGAGGACGAGGCCGCCCGCAUCACCAACAUGACAGUGUGCUUCUCGGACUACUCUGAUGACCGGAGGAGGUGUGUGAGUGUUGGCGGCGCCGUGGUGGUCUUCAGGGAUCUGACGCCCUUGGUUCCCGUGAACGUGACCGUGCACCUGCAGGGGGGGGGGGCCAUCAGCGCCACCUUCAACCUGCAAAAGAUCGUAAAGCCGAGAAGUCCUCAGGUGAAGAACGUCACGUUCAACAUGGAGACGAACCAGGCCGUGAUCCGCAUCCAGACGCCCUACGUCAGAGACUACCUGAGACUGGAGAACCAGCUGUUCCAGCUGCACAUCUGGACCGCCGGCAGCACAAUCAUUCAGAACAUCUCGGACUCAGACACCCUGCCGAUCGACAUGGACUUCCUCCACAGACCAGCUGAGUAUCACGUCCGAGUGCGAGCGCUGCCGGUGAGCCGCGGUCUGCAGGGCACCUGGAGCGACUGGGGGCAAACGUUCACCUUCCUCACCCCCCCAGGAGAAAACGUCCCCCAGCAGCCGGAGGGACGACUGGAGACCUAUAAACUGAUCGGGUGUCUCAUCGUUCUGGUGAUGGUGCCUUCAAGUGUCCUUUUCUUCCUUAAAAACAAAAUAUUCACCUGCGUGUGGCCGAGCAUCCCUCACCCCAAACACACUCUGGUGCACAUCUGCAAGCCCACUAAAGGCGUCCUGUUGACCUUGAGACCGGAGGUGUUCAGUGCCCUAAAACUGGAGAAAACAGCAGAGGAGACGCGGGAAACAGAGUCUGCUAGCGGCCCCUGCUCCACCCAGACCUCCGGCUGGUCCCGGAGCCCCUCCAGCGUCGGCACCGAGGAGCUGGAGCUGUCCGCCCUGCUGAGCCGGGGCUCCGUCCACAGAGAGGACAGCCUCAACAGAGAGGACAGCCUCCACAGAGAGGACAGCCUCAACAGAGAGGACAGCCUCCACAGAGAGGACAGCCUCCACAGAGAGGACAGCCUCCACAGAGAGGACAGCCUCCGCGGAGAGGACAACCUCCACAGAGAGGACAGCCUCCGCGGAGAGGACAACCUCCACAGAGAGGACAUCCCACACGGAGAGGACAACCUCCACAGAGAGGACAUCCCACACGGAGAGGACAUCCUCCACAGAGAGGACAUCUUCCACAGAGAGGACAUCCCACACGGAGAAGACAUCUUCCAUGGAGAGGAUAUCUUCCAUGGUAAGGACAUCCUCCACGGAGAGGACAUCUUCCACAGAGAGGACAUCUUCCACGGAGAGGACAUCUUCCACGGAGAGGACAUCUUCCACAGAGAGGACAUCUUCCACGGAGAGGACAUCCUCCACGGAGAGGACAUCUUCCACGGAGAGGACAUCCUCCACGGAGAGGACAUUCUACACAGAGAGGACAGCGUCCAGAGCAACAGUGCGUCCCCGGCGGAGAGAGCUAACACUCCACCGCCUGAAGGAGGACACGAGUACGUCACCAUGUCCAGUUUCUAUCAGAUCAAGUAGUCCAGGUGAAGACAGACGAACAGGAUCUUUCCCAAACUGCUCAGGAGAAUAUUUCCCAUCAGGAGAGGACACAACAUGAUCAAAUGACUCAAAAAGAAAGUAAAAAAACAAAGAAAGGUCUUGAUCCAAAACGGAAAAAAGGGAGACAAUUGAAAAUGGGACAAAAAAAUCUAAAAAAUUGACACAUCCAUUGUCACCAUGUCCAGUUCCUAUCAGAUCAAACAAUUAGAACGAGGACCUGGUCUAACCAAUCAGGAGGGGACACAAAAUGAUGGAAAGGUGAAGCCCCGCCUCUUCCUGUGUCCACAAUGGGACUUUAUUUCAGU